AUGACGAGAAAAAGAAUAAAGAAAAAUGCAAAAGAAUACGGAACAAGGAAAACAGUGCAACGCACCUCGAGAGCGACACUUCCACGUUGCAGAACUGAUGGAGCAAAUAUCCCAAACUAUGUAAUUUCAAAAUCACAGCAAAAUGUGGACUCAAGAAUUGGAAGUGAAGUUGCAAAUAUGCUUGUCGGUAUUAGCAGUGAACCAAUUUUUUCCGCAGUGCCUUUUAUCUCCAAUCAAAAUUCUAGCAAAAGAAAAACUCAUAUUAGAUUUCUGCCAAUAAACGCAACAACUGGACGUGAAUUCAAUUCUCGCAGCGAUGUUUGGCAGCCAGCAGUAAUGGAUAUUGAAAUGGACGAAAAUCAAAUAUAUCCUCGUGGUUUGACAGGACUAACAAAUUUGGGUAAUACGUGCUAUAUGAAUGCAGCCGUUCAAGCGCUCUCAAAUUGUCCUCCUUUUUCUGACUUCUUCCGUUCGCUUGAUUCUGUCGCUUCCUUUGCUUCAAAGAUGUUAGAUAAUAAUGCAGAACCGCCUGUUUCACGUUCAUUUCGUUGUCUACUUCAAGCACUUUGGUCUGAGGAACGAAGUCGUUGCAUUAAUCCACAACUUUUCCUUACUCAAGUUCGCCAUCAUUACCCACAGUUUUGUGGUCUGACACAGCAGGAUGCUCAGGAAUUUAUUAGAUGCCUUCUAGAUGUAUUGCAUCGCGAAUUACGUCAACCUGUUUUUGCUUGGGAAUAUCGGAAUAUUACACAUAGCUGUAAUAUACAGACGAAAAAUGAAAUCAUUUCUGGUUUUAUACGGAACAAAUACGUUCCAUCGCAUUCCAGUAGUCGCGAAUCUGAUGAUGAUGAACGAUAUGAAACUGCUGAUAGUGGCUGGAGCUCUGAUGGAGAAAUGCCUACAGCUUCAAAGGCAAAUAAACACUUGGAACCCAUAUGCAGCCAUCAACUAACACAGAUUCCAGUUCAUUCCGAUAAUCAACAGGAAUCAGCAGAAGCGGAUCAACGAAGCAGGAAAUCUAGGUCACCGAUUUAUUACCGAAGUUUGGUAACAGAAGUCUUUGAUGGGCGUUUAAGUAGUAUUGUAAAAUGUCUUACGUGUCAUCAUCUUUCAGAAACAUGUGAAACUUUUCAGGACUUAUCAUUGAGCAUUCCUACAAGAGAACAACUUGAGCGCAUUGCGUCAUACUCAAUGGAUCUAAACAGCGAAGACAGGAAAGUAAGCAGGAAUGAGCAAGAAGAAGAUGAUGGCAAUAACAGCAGUUUUUGGAAGUGGCCAUGGUGGCUUGGAGGGAACUUGUUUCGUUCGGUAUAUCAUUAUCUGUUUGGAGAUUUGGUUUCUCUGAAUGAUGCACUUGCAGCGUUCUUUUUGCCGGAUGAUCUUUGCGGGGAAAAUAUGUAUUCUUGCGAAAAAUGUGCCAAAUUGCGAAAUGGUGUCAAAAUUUGUAAAAUCAUCAAUCCACCAGAAAUCUUAUGCAUACAUUUGAAACGGUUUCGACAUGAACUAUCGUAUUCAGUUAAAAUACGGAACAUGGUGACAUUUCCGGUACAUGAUUUGGAUUUGACGCCAUUUAUCUCCAAUUUCGAAAAAAACAAAGAACCAGUACUCUACGAUUUAGUUGCAUUCAUCACACAUUAUGGUGCAAAUGCUGAGAGUGGGCAUUAUGUUGCUUAUUGCAAGAAUGAGAUGGAUGACAAUUGGUACGAAUUUGAUGAUACUGUGGUAACUCGGUUGGAAACAGCUGAUAUUUUAAGUAAAGAAGCCUAUGUAUUGUUUUAUCAGAGGCAGUCAUCGCAGAGUAUGGACGACAUUCGGAUUCGCGUGAGACAAAUACUUGAAGAGAACGAUAAAACAAAGGUCCCGUUGCAUAACUAUAUUUCACGAGAAUGGUUGCAUCGUUUUUCAACGUUUUCAAAUCCUGGACCUAUUACUAAUUAUGAUUUUCUUUGUCAACACUCACAAAUUCUUCCACGUAGAGCAGCAUGUCUUACUGAUUAUUAUGCAACGAUCAGCAAUUUAUUGUGGGAUUUUCUAUAUGAAAAAUUUGGUGGUGGACCCGCAAGUUCCGAGUUGCACUACUGCUUACCCUGUCAAAAUGAGUUCCAAAAAAUGAAGCAUAAACGUGAAAUUGAGCUCAAAGCGUUCUUAACAUUGGAAGGACAGCUGAAGCAGUUGAAAAAUGAUAUCCCAGCUCUUACUUAUGGUUAUUACAUGCCACCAAAUGUUAUCGCGAAAGCCUGGAUUGACAAGUGGAAGGCAUUUGUUGAAGAAAAUGAAUUUGAACCACCGGGAUCUAUUGAUAACAACACCAUACUGGUUUGUAGUAAUACGUGUGGUGCAAAACCACAUUUACGUGCUUCGCAAUAUGUGCAGUUACCUCGUGAAGCUUGGUUAUUUUUCCAAUCAAUAUACGGCGGUGGACCUGAAUUGCUGUGCAUUCCGGACGACCACCCAUCUUCGGAAAAUCUGCAAGAAUUGAUUGCAAAAGUUAACGAGAAGAUUGUGAAAACUUUGGAAAACUUGAAAAUGAGAAGUGCAGUUGACAUACCAUUCUCGCCAUAA